AUGGCCAAGAAUGUGUGCGGGGAUGUACCCCUGGCUAGCACACGUGAUGUUGAGCGUUGGGUGGUGUUGAGUAACGCGGAUCCAAAGGCCGCUCUGCCGUGUCAGCCGUGUUCCCGCGCCAACAAAAUAGGUGGGCCGGUGGCGAAGAAGCGUAGCUCGGUGUCGGCGGUCCGAGAAGCUAGCCAGUGA